CCUGCGCUGUGGUGGGAUCCUCCAGGAAACACCUCACCAACGGGGGGGGGGGCUACAGCAACGGCACCGACCUGCCAGACACUGACUUUGAGUCCUCCAUGACCCACAGCACGGAGGUGGAGACGUUGGCCUCGCAGCCUCACAAGCUGCUGAUCCUGGACGCUCGCUCCUACGCCGCUGCUGUGGCUAACCGGGCCAAGGGGGGCGGCUGCGAAUGCCCAGAGUACUACCCCAACUGUGAGGUGGUGUUUAUGGGCAUGGCCAACAUCCACUCCAUCCGCAAGAGUUUCCAGUCUCUGCGUUUCCUCUGCACUCAGAUGCCCGAUCCAUCCAAGUACGUCUCACUUUUGCUCCUCCAGAUUUCCCCACCUAACUCUGCAGGAUCAAACUCAGAGCUCUGUGCUGUAACCGUAGGUAACACAGCUGUGUUUUGGUGUUGGCUGGCCGUACAUCUGUGCCUGAUUUAGAAACCCCGAGAGCAGGAUCUGUUUCCAUCUGGACGCUGCGAGGACGUGUCAUUUAAUCGCUCUUGCUUACGUUGUUAAAAGUGGUUCAACGAUCGUAUCGGGAGACGAAAAAUCUAACAAAGUCCAUUCUCAAGUACAUCCAGUACAUGUUCAUGUUCACUAUGGGUUGGAUUGUAUAUUUAAUAUUGCCUAAAGUGUCUUUUGCACACAAUUAAAAUCUCACAAAAGCAAUUUCCUAAUGUGUUUAAUAUACAAUGCAUGAUUGCCUAUAGACUGAACUUGUAGACUUUCCCAGUUUAGAUUUCCAAUUUCCGACCUUCAAGCGGUUAAUCCCAAACGUAAACAAAAACAAUCUCUGACUGGGGGCAACAUUUAGUUUUCCCUGACUCGAUUUGUCUAUACAUGAACUUUGAUCAAAACACAAAACAACUUUACAGGCAGAAUAAGUACCAAAAACACAGACAUCAUUUUUUUAUUAUUACUAAAA